UCGAAGAGCUGCAAGCGAUAUUCAAUCAUGCAGUGGUCAACUCGAAUAGCGUUUUUUGUCGCAGUUUCCUGCGCUCAUUUUCUUACGGUUUUCGGAGCUGGUGAAGCAAUAUGGGGAAAUCCUGCAAUUGCUGAAAGCCUUCUGCAAUCAUUUACUCUGUCCAUAGCUCGUUCUGGAGCUUUUACAUAUGACCAAAUGGAUGACAUAUCGUCCAUAAGUGACACAAUUAUGGACGCAAUGGACAGAAUGGCUCGAUCCAAAAAAAGUUCCAAAUCGAAACUCCAAGCUCUAAAUAUGGCUUUCGCAUCGUCCGUUGCUGAAAUAGCCGUCUCAUCAGAUGGAGGCCAACCACUGGGUGUUAAAACCAAUGCAAUAAUGGAUGCAUUAGCUGAUGCUUUCAUGCAAACAACAGGAACAGUAGAUCAGGUAUUCCUGAGAGAGAUGGGUGAGUUAAUAACUAUGUUUGCUCAAGCCAGCAUAAAUGAAAUAGCCGGAUCAUCCGCAGGAGCAGCAGCCUCGUCAGGAGGAGGAAUAGGUACAGGACAAGGUUACGGUCCCAGCGCAGUAUCCGUAACAGCUACAGCCGCAGGUUUGUCCAGUCAAGGCUACGGUCAAGGUCCAUUUACUGGAGCAUCUGCAGCAAGUACAACUGCAACAGAAACAGGAGACAUAUCAACCCAAACUACAUACUACACAACCGAAGAAUACAUCACGAGAUCAAGUGCAGCUCAAGCUUCAGCAGCUGCUGCAGGAGCAGGAGGCUAUGGUCAAGACCAGCAAGGAUAUGAUAAAGGCGCCGCUGCUGGGGCAGCAACAGGAGCUGGUGGUGCUAGGGGACAAGGUUACGGAGUCCGACAAGGUGCAGGAGCAGCCUCAGCAGCCAGUGCUGCAGGAGCUGGAGGCUAUGAUCAAGGCCUGAGAGGAUCCGGUCUAGGUGCCGGAGCUGGUGCUGGAGCCUCUGCUGCAGCUGGCGCUGGAGGACGUGGAGGUUUUGGACAAGGCCAACAAGGAUAUGGUCAAGGAGUCGGUGCUGGGGCAGCGGCUGCUGCUGGUGCUGAAAGAGGUCGAGGCUACGAUCAAGAUGCAGGUGCUGGAGCAGCCGCAGCAGCUAGUGCUGCAGGUCUUGGCGGAAGAGACCAACAAGGAUACGGUCAAGGUACAGGAGCUGGAGCAGCAGCCGCUACAGCAGCAGGAGCUGGUGGUGCUCGGGGACAAGGUUACGGAGCCGGACAAGGCGCAGGAGCAGACGCAGCAGCCAGUGCUGCAGGAGUUGGUGGCUAUGAUCAAGGCAUGAGAGGAUACGGUCAAGGUGCCGGAGCUGGUGCUGGAGCAGCUGCUGCAGCUGGAGCUGGAGGACGUGGAGGUUUUGGACAAGGCGAACAAGGAUAUGGUCAAGGAGCCGGUGCUGGGGCAGCUGCUGCAGCUGGUGCUGGAAGAGGUCGAGGCUACGAUCAAGGUGCAGGUGCUGGAGCAGCCGCAGCAGCUAGUGCUGCAGGUCUUGGCGGAAGAGACCAACAAGGAUACGGUCAAGGUGCAGGAGCUGGAGCAGCAGCCGCUGCAGCAGCAGGAGCUGGUGAUGCUAGGGGACCAGGUUACGGAGCCGGACAAGGCGCAGGAGCAGCCGCAGCAGCCGGUGCUGCAGGAGCUGGAGGCUAUGAUCAAGGCAUGAGAGGAUACGGUCAAGGUGCCGGAGCUGGUGCUGGAGCAGCUGCUGCAGCUGGAUCUGGAGGACGUGGAGGUUUUGGACAAGGCCAACAAGGAUAUGGUCAAGGAGCCGGUGCUGGGGCAGCUGCAGCUGCUGGUGCUGGAAGAGGUCGAGGCUACGAUCAAGGUGCAGGUGCUGGAGCAGCCGCAGCAGCUAGUGCUGCAAGUCUUGGCGGAAGAGACCAACAAGGAUACGGUCAAGUUGCAGGAGCUGGAGCAGCAGCCGCUUCAGCAGCAGGAGCUGGUGGUGCUCGGGGACCAGGUUACGGAGCCGGACAAGGCGCAGGAGCAGCCGCAGCAGCCAGUGCUGCAGGAGCUGGUGGCUAUGAUCAAAGCAUGAGAGGAUACGGUCAAGUUGCCGGAGCUGGUGCUGUAGCAGCUGCUGCAGCUGGAGCUGGAGGACGUGGAGGUUUUGGACAAGGCCAACAAGGAUAUGAUCAAGGAGCCGGUGCUGGGGCAGCUGCUGCUGCUGGUGCUGGAAGAGGUCGAGGCUACGAUCAAGGUGCAGGUGCUGGAGCAGCCGCAGCAGCUAGUGCUGAAAGUCUUGGCGGAAGAGACCAACAAGGAUACGGUCAAGGUGCAGGAGCUGGAGCAACAGCCGCUGCAGCAGCAGGAGCUGGUGGUGUUAGGGGACCAGGUUACGGAGCCGGACAAGGCGCAGGAGCAGCCGCAGCAGCCAGUGCUGCAGGAGCUGGAGGCUAUGAUCAAGGCAUGAUAGGAUACGGUCAAGGUGCCGGAGCUGGUGCUGGAGCAGCUGCUGCAGCUGGAUCUGGAGGACGUGGAGGUUUUGGAGAAGGCCAACAAGGAUAUGGUCAAGGAGCCGGUGCUGGGGCAGCUGCUGCUGCUGGUGCUGGAAGAGGUCGAGGCUACGAUCAAGGUGCAGGUGCUGGAGCAGCCGCAGCAGCCAGUGCUGCAGGAGCUGGAGGCUAUGAUCAAGGCAUGAGAGGAUACGGUCAAGGUGCCGGAGCUGGUGCUGGAGCAGCUGGUGCUGGAGGACGUGGAGGUUUUGGAGAAGGCCAACAAGGCUAUGGUCAAGGAGCCGGUGCUGGGGCAGCUGCUGCUGCUGGAAGAGGUCGAGGCUACAAUCAAGGUGCAGGUGCAGGAGCAGCCGCAGCAGCCAGUGCUGCAGGAGCUGGAGGCUAUGAUCAAGGCAUGAGAGGAUACGGUCAAGGUGCCGGAGCUGGUGCUGGAGCAGCUGCUGCAGCUGGAGCUGGAGGACGUGGAGGUUUUGGACAAGGCGAACAAGGAUAUGGUCAAGGAGCCGGUGCUGGGGCAGCUGCUGCAGCUGGUGCUGGAAGAGGUCGAGGCUACGAUCAAGGUGCAGGUGCUGGAGCAGCCGCAGCAGCUAGUGCUGCAGGUCUUGGCGGAAGAGACCAACAAGGAUACGGUCAAGGUGCAGGAGCUGGAGCAGCAGCCGUUGCAGCAGCAGGAGCUGGUGGUGCUAGGGGACCAGGUUACGGAGCCGGACAAGGCGCAGGAGCAGCCGCAGCAGCCAGUGCUGCAGGAGCUGGAGGCUAUGAUCAAGGCAUGACAGGAUACGGUCAAGGUGCCGGAGCUGGUGCUGGAGCAGCUGCUGCAGCUGGAUCUGGACGACGUGGAGGUUUUGGACAAGGCCAACAAGGAUAUGGUCAAGGAGCCGGUGCUGGGGCAGCUGCUGCUGCUGGUGCUGGAAGAGGUCGAGACUACGAUCAAGGUGCAGGUGCUGGAGCAGCCGCAGCAGCCAGUGCUGCAGGAGCUGGAGGCUAUGAUCAAGGCAUGAGAGGAUACGGUCAAGGUGCCGGAGCUGGUGCUGGAGCAGCUGCUGCAGCUGGUGCUGGAGGACGUGGAGGUUUUGGAGAAGGUCAACAAGGAUAUGGUCAAGGAGCCGGUGCUGGGGCAGCUGCUGCUGCUGGUGCUGGAAGAGGUCGAGGCUACAAUCAAGGUGCAGGUGCAGGAGCAGCCGCAGCAGCCAGUGCUGCAGGAGCUGGAGGCUAUGAUCAAGGCAUGAGAGGAUACGGUCAAGGUGCCGGAGCUGGUGCUGGAGCAGCUGCUGCAGCUGGUGCUGGAGGACGUGGAGGUUUUGGACAAGACGAACAAGGAUAUGGUCAAGGAGCCGGUGCUGGGGCAGCUGCUGCAGCUGGUGCUGGAAGAGGUCGAGGCUACGAUCAAGGUGCAGGUGCUGGAGCAGCCGCAGCAGCUAGUGCUGCAGGUCUUGGCGGAAGAGACCAACAAGGAUACGGUCAAGGUGCAGGAGCUGGAGCAGCAGCCGCUGCAGCAGCAGGAGCUGGUGGUGCUAGGGGACCAGGUUACGGAGCCGGACAAGGCGCAGGAGCAGCCGCAGCAGCCAGUGCUGCAGGAGCUGGAGGGUAUGAUCAAGGCAUGAGAGGAUACGGUCAAGGUGCCGGAGCUGGUGCUGGAGCAGCUGCUGCAGCUGGUGCUGGAGGACGUGGAGGUUUUGGAGAAGGCCAACAAGGAUAUGAUCAAGGAGCCGGUGCUGGGGCAGCUGCUGCAGCUGGUGCUGGAAGAGGUCGAGGCUACGAUCAAGGUGCAGGUGCUGGAGCAGCCGCAGCAGCUAGUGCUGCAGGUCUUGGCGGAAGAGACCAACAAGGAUACGGUCAAGGUGCAGGAGCUGGAGCAGCAGCCGCUGCAGCAGCAGGAGCUGGUGGUGCUAGGGGACCAGGUUACGGAGCCGGACAAGGCGCAGGAGCAGCCGCAGCAGCCGGUGCUGUAGGAGCUGGAGGCUAUGAUCAAGGCAUGAGAGGAUACGGUCAAGGUGCCGGAGCUGGUGCUGGAGCAGCUGCUGCAGCUGGAUCUGGAGGACGUGGAGGUUUUGGACAAGGCCAACAAGGAUAUGGUCAAGGAGCCGGUGCUGGGGCAGCUGCUGCUGCUGGUGCUGGAAGAGGUCGAGACUACGAUCAAGGUGCAGGUGCUGGAGCAGCCGCAGCAGCUAGUGCUGCAGGAGCUGGAGGCUAUGAUCAAGGCGUGAGAGGUUACGCUCAAGGUGCCGGAGCUGGUGCUGGAGCAGCUGCUGCAGGUGGAUCUGGAGGACGUGGAGGUUUUGGACAGGGCCAACAAGGAUAUGGUGAAGGAGCCGGUGCUGGGGCAGCUGCUGCUGCUGGUGCUGGAAGAGGUCGAGGCUACGAUCAAGGUGCAGGUGCUGGAGCAGCUGCAGCAGCUAGUGCUGCAGGUCUUGGCGGCAGAGACCAACAAGGAUACGGUCAAGGUGUAGGAGCUGGAGCAGCAGCCGCUGCAGCAGCAGGAGCUGGUGGUGCUGGGGGACCACGUUACGGAGCCGGGCAAGGCGCAGGAGCAGCCGCAGCAGCCAGUGCUGCAGGAGCUGGAGGUUAUGAUCAAGGCCUGAGAGGAUACGAUCAAGGUGCUGGAGCUGGUGCUGGAGCAGUUGCUGGAGCAGCUGCUGCAGCUGGUGCUGGAGGACGUAGAGGUUUUGGAGAAGGCCAACAAGGAUAUGGUCAAGGAGCCGGUGCUGGGGCAGCUAGUGCCGCUGGUGCUGGAAGAGGUCGAGGCUACGAUCAAGGUGCAGGUGCUGGAGCAGCCGCAGCAGCUAGUGCUGCAGGUCUUGGCGGAAGAGACCAACAAGGAUACGGUCAAGGUGCAGGAGCUGGAGCAGCAGCCGCUGCAGCAGCAGGAGCUGGUGGUGCUAGGGGACCAGGUUACGGAGCCGGACAAGGCGCAGGAGCAGCCGCAGCAGCCAGUGCUGCAGGAGCUGGAGGCUAUGAUCAAGGCAUGAGAGGAUACGGUCAAGGUGUCGGAGCUGGUGCUGGAGCAGCUGCUGCUGCUGGAUCUGGAGGACGUGGAGGUUUUGGACAAGGCCAACAAGGAUAUGGUCAAGGAGCCGGUGCUGGGGCAGCUGUUGCUGGAAGAUCUGGAGGCGACGAUCAAGGUGCUGUAGCAGGUGGUGCAUUUGCUAGCUCUAGUGCUGCCAGUGGUGUCGAUGUUUCUACAAUAUAUUCCACUACGUCACGCUUGUCAUCUGCUUCUUCGUCUUCACGAAUAUCUUCUGCUGCAUCUGCUUUAACUGAUGGUGGAUAUGUAAAUACAUAUGCUUUACCUUCAAUUAUUUCUGAUUUGUCUUCUCAAGUUCGUGCUUCCUCAACAGAUUUAUCUGGCUGUGAAGUUCUCGUGCAAGUUCUAUUGGAAAUUGUAUCCGCUCUUGUACAUGUUCUCAACUAUGCGAAUAUCGGAGAAAUUGACUUUAAUUCUCUAGGAUCCACAGCUAAUCUAGUUGGUCUGUCAGUGCAAGCUUUAGUGUAGUAAUUGAUAUUUUUUAAAUGCUUUCUUCUUGUUUCUUAAGUAUUGCAGUCGUUGAGAAAUAAAUAAAUUUAAAAUGAGUUUU